AAACCCAGUUGGGAUAGACUAGAGAGAGGGAUAGUCUCACACUUCCUUUUCUUUCCACCCUUCACCAAAAGGGUCCUUCACUUCUUCUUCCUCCUCCUCCUUCUUUCAUCUCAUACAAAGACCAAUAUAACUGAGAGAGGUUCUAGAAAAUGAGGAAGCCAGAUGCUACUCCAGGAAAGAACACCAACACUAGCAGCAACAACAACAACAACAAGAUGAGAAAGGGGCUUUGGUCGCCUGAGGAAGAUGACAAGCUGAUGAACUACAUGAUGAACAAUGGCCAAGGUUGCUGGAGUGAUGUUGCCAGAAAUGCUGGCCUGCAGAGAUGUGGGAAGAGCUGCCGCCUCAGGUGGAUCAAUUACCUUAGACCUGACCUCAAAAGAGGUGCAUUCUCUCCUCAGGAAGAAGAGCUCAUUAUCCAUUUGCAUUCCCUUCUUGGCAACAGGUGGUCACAGAUAGCGGCUCGUCUGCCAGGGAGGACGGACAACGAGAUCAAGAACUUCUGGAACUCGACCAUCAAGAAGAGAAUAAAGAACAUGUCUUCCUCGACCACCACCACGACGUCUCCGAACACGAGCGACUCGUCGUCCGAGAAAGACAACUGUGGGUUGGUGGGCGUGGGGGGUUUCAUGUCGCCCAUGUUCAUGGACGUGGUCGUGCCAUCCCUGACAUCGACGAACUCGUCCACCUCGUCGACGUCGUCCAUGGCUCUGAACGGUGGCGGUCACAUGACCGACCCGUUGCAGAUCCACAUCGACCACCCCCACCACCACCAUCAGGGUCUGAUGAACGUGUAUGGUAGUGCAAACGGGUACUUCAGUGGUGCUGGUCAGAAUGAGAUGUCUGCUCUCGAUUUUGGAGGAAAUCGGAUGAUCGGUUCGUAUGGGUCAGGUCAAGGGGGGAUGUUUGGAGGAGGAGGAGGUAUUGGUGGUGGGAUGGAGAAGGAGCUUCAACAAGUCCCACCAUUGGAGAGCAUAAGCAUGGAGGAGAACAAUGGUCCCAAUAACAACAUAGUCAUAAGUAGCAACUUGAAUAAUAAGUACCCUUUUGUGAAUAGUAAGAACAUUAAGGGGGAGAGUAACCACCACAACAACAACAAUCAUCAUCACCAUAAUAACAACUUGGGAGGAGGAGGAGGAGGAGGAGGAGGGGUGAAUAACACUAAUAAUCUUGGCAACUUUUGGCAAGGAGAAGACCAACUCAAAGUUGGAGAGUGGGACUUGGAGGAGCUCAUGAAAGACGUUUCCUCCUUCCCUUUUCUUGACUUCCAAGUCGAAUAGUACAUCCAAAGAUGAAGAAGAAGACAAAGACCAGCUUAAGCUAAGGUUGGGUGGGAGCGGCUUGUAGAGUAUCCGCGUACAUUUCCUUUCGAUUUCCAAUUGUUUCGUUCUCGAGAUAUACAUAUAUUCUUAAUUGUCUCUUGUCUUUCUCUAGAAACAUAGAAAAAGAGGCAAAGUUUUCUUUCUUUCUUUCUUUCUUGUGUAUAGUUGAGUCGUCAGAAGAUGAAAGUAAGUAGAUACCAAACUUUUGUUAAGGUUGUAAUAAUGAUGGCGAUGAAGGUAUAGCAUGCACAAUGGUUGUUGUUGGUGACAUGGUACAUAAUCUUCAACGUUUGUGUGUCGGUAGAAGAAUAUUGGAUCAAGAGCUUUGUGAAGACUUCGUGGGGGGAGAGAAUAUAUAAUUAGCUAGGUUGGUUAUCGUUAGGUUCAUAUGAAGAUGUAUCAUGUGGAAUAUCAUAUGUAUAAAACGUGACAUUUUUA